AUGCGCUACGGGUCUCCGCUCGCGGCGCCACCCCGUCGCUACCGGCGCGUCGGCCGGCGAGCAAAACGGCUCCUCGCCCGGGUCUUCGUGGAGCGCCACGGCUUCGGCCCCUCUUCGGGCGGCUCGCACGCGCGCCCGUCCCGCCCGUUGCUCAGCGUCUCUCUCGGCGUGGGGGCGUUCGUCCGGCAGCGAACGGUCGACUCGGAACUGGGCCCCUGGUCCUUGAGGGCGGAAUGGUGCUGGGCCCCCUCCCAUCGGGUCCCGCCGGUAACAGCCCCCGGGCUGGCUAAGAGCUCAGACAUUGAUUUACUUGGUACUAAUAAUGAAACAUCAGCCUUGACCUCCACCCACGAGACGUGGGUCACCAAAAACUCUAUAAACUUCCUUGCCGAUCCGGAAGACUUGCCCCCCCGCUGUAGCUGCCCUGUUUGUCCGUGCGCUUUCACGCGAGCAUCCAGCCUAACCACCCACAUAUGGAAGAAACACCCAGCAGAAUGGAAUGACAUUAAGAAAAGGCGCGACGCCUCACGUCGCUCAAACGUCCGCACCUACGCUCGAUGGACGAGAGAGGAGUUGGAGCGUAUGGCUGCGAUAGAGCACGAGGCGUUGUCCAAAGGCGUGCAACACAUGAACUCGUACUUAACUCCCUUUUUGGCACGCACUAGGGAUCAGAUCAGCUGCAGGCGGAAGAAGGACGACUACAAAGCCAUCCUGAAGUCGCUUGAAAGCGAAGCCCAAUGUCCCGGCCCGGACGGUAGCCGGGCUCGAGUGGUUCCCGACAGCCCCAGGAACGACCACCCAACCAGCGGAGACCUCAAAAGCCCCAAAGGAAGGACUGGUCGCAAAUGGUCAGCUGAAGAGAUCAAAGUCCUCCAGCAGGCGCCACGCGAUGUCCCGGACGCCGAACUGGUCCCUCUCCUUCCUGGCCGUACUGUCCAGGCCAUCCGAUCUAGAAGGCGGCGUCUCGUCGCCCAAAGGGCCGGACCGGUCGGACCUGCGGCCCAGGCUCCGACGGACGAGGAGCAGGUCACGGCCGAGCCCCAGCCGUACGAGCGAUCUAUGACAGAAUCCGAACAGGGAAUAUCCGACUAUUUAUACGGCAUUCUUCCUAACAUCCCCGACCCCGUGGUUCGGGAAAAGGCCAAACAGGCCAUCGGUGACCCCAACGGUUUCUCCAAACUAUAUAAUGAGUUCUUCCCGAAGAACAGGACCGUUAGCAGGCGGGCGAUGCCGGCGGUGAAGGUGGGAGUGAAGAGGAGGCGCGCCCAGCGUGCCAUAAUCUAUAACUUCCUCCAGAACCUCCAUAAGCGUAGUCCGAAGUCUGUAGCCGAACGGGUCCUCGACAGCGACCUCUCCUACGAGGGACUUGUUGCCGAACGGGCCUUCUCCGACGAGGACUUUCUGCGCAAAUGGAAGCCGGUAUUCGAACGACCCUGCUAUGCGGACCUGGCCGGAGACCAUCCCGGCCCGCCGUUGAACGAACUAGCUGCGCCCAUCAAGGUGGCCGAUGUCGCUGCCGUGAUUGCAUCUCUAAAAGAAUCGUCCCCAGGACCUGAUGGCCUCCGCCUUAACAUCUUGCGGGGGAUACCCGUAGAGGUCAUCACCUUUCUGUAUAAUCUGCUACUGCUUAAAGGACCGCCGCCCACCAGGGGCAAAGCUGGCAACAUCUUCACCUCCCGGGUGACUUUCAUCAAGAAGGUGGAGGUGCCUGGCGAUGCCCUUGAAUUCCGUCCCAUCGCCAUCGGGAAUUACUUUGUGCGAAUAUUUCAUCGGGUGCUUGCGAGUCGGUUUGAGGCAGCCUUACCUAAUCAUCGAGACCAGGUCGGGUUUAAACGUCUCGAUGGGGUUGCCCACAAUGUCCUCAAGUUAAAUGCGGCACUAAAUGCGGCCCGGAGCAAACAUGAGAACUUAGUUGUCGCAUCGGUGGACAUCCGCAAGGCAUUCGAUUCGAUAUCGCACGAAGCGAUACUGGGCAUACUCCAACGGAAGGGGGUCCCCGACCUCCUUAUGGGGUAUCUGCGAACCUAUUUCAGCACGAGCAGACUACAGAUUGGAAAAGACUUGAUCCACCCGAAACAUCGUGGGGUUAAGCAGGGGGACCCUAUGUCCCCCUGGCUAUUCAACCUAGCCCUGGAUCAGAUACUUGAGGGACAGGAGGAGUACGCCAUUACCAUCGGCGCGAUAGUACUCAAUCAGAUGGCGUAUGCUGAUGAUCUAAUACUAUUCGCCAGCUCCCAGGAAGAAAUGCAAAAACGGAUCGAGCGACUGACUAUCGGCCUCGGCCGCCUUGGACUUGAGCUUAACGCCCGAAAAUGCUGUGUGCUCUCCAUUCGCGGGGAUAAGAAGAGGAAAUUUAGCUUUGUUGAUACGGAUGUGUCGAUAUCCGUCGAUGGUACCCGUCUACCAGUUGUGACUGCCGUGUCCGAAUUUCGGUACCUCGGAGUCCAGUUCAAUUGGAAGGGCGUGGCCCGUACGCCGCUCGACCUUGAAAAACUACUGGUCCGUCUCAAUCGCGCUGCUCUAAAACCGCAACAAAAGCUGAUAGUCCUUAAAAAAUUCUUGCUCCCGCGACUGCAACACCAGCUAACAUUCGGCCGACUACAUAAGGGCGAGCUCGUCAAAGGGGACAAAGCAGUUCGUCGGGUCGUCCGCAGGUGGCUCCGGCUACCGGCGGAUUGUCCCAAUUCCGCGAUACACACUCCCGCGAGAUUCGGCGGUUUGGGGGUGAACUCUCUAGAGACCUUAUACUCGACAUUAAAAGAAAGCCGCCUAACCCAGUUGUCGUAUGGUGAUGAGGAAGAUGCCGCGAUAGCAUCUAAUCCCGCCGUGCGAGGUCUGAUGUCCUACAAAUUCAGAGGAUCUGUAAUGUCAUCCCGAGAGGGUCUGGUCGAAGAUCUCCACAGGAGAUUGGACACCAGGGGCCUACAGGGGUAUGAGAAGGUACCAGCUGUCAACAGCUGGCUGGACCAUGCCCCCACCAACUUGGCCGGACACGAUUUCCAGGAGGCCAUUAGGGUGCGCCUAGGCUGUAUGGGCACGCCAUCCCGGCUCAGCCGGGGUGGUCGUUCUGUCGAUACCAUCUGCAAAUGCGGGAGCAAUGCUCGUAUGAGCCUGCCCCACAUAGCCCAAGCCUGCAGCAUCGUUAGCGGUCUCCGGAUAAAACGCCACAACAACGUCGUCCUAUACGUGGCACAGAUCCUGAAAGAAAAGAAAUACGACGUAAUCAUGGAACCUAGGCUUCAGACUGAGCGCGGCCUCCGUAAGCCCGACCUUGUGAUCCUGGCCAAGAAGGAAAUAAUUGUCCUGGAUGUACAGAUACGACCUGACUCUGUCGUAUGCACUCUGGAUGCAUGCAACAGGGAAAAGAUCGCGAAGUACAAUCAGCCGUACGUUCUUGACGCGAUCCGAGACCGCUUCGGGCAUGGCCUGCCCAUCAAGGUCAUUGCUCUCACCUACAAUUGGCGCGGGGCGGCUGCACAGCAGUCCUACCAGGAUUGCAUCACAAACAAACUAUUAAGGUGGCGGCACUUCGGUCCAAUCUCUAGGAUGAUCUUACGUGAUACCGCGCGCAUGCUAUGGGCAUAUUGGCACGCGCCCGCGGACGGGGCGACACGCCCGACAGCGUCGGCUGAGGUACUCAUGGACUGCGCUGAGUAG